CUUCGUCCUGCUGUCCUUGGAACACUAGAAUUGACACUCUUCCCGCGAUGACUCGGUGCUGUUGAAAUGUGCUACCUUGGCGACCUGAAUGGGCCUACCUGACCUGUUUCUUCAAGUUUUAGGGGACUCGAUGCGGUGCACUGCUCGGUGACCGACCUGAGGGCAGAACUUGAAAGUCUGGGUAAGUCUUGGGUGACCGCCUGUGACCGCACUGCAGUAUGCUAGCCCCUGUGGAGUAUACAACUACAGAUUGGAUCCUACAUCCAAAAGGCACAUCGAGGUCAGGAGAACCGGAGAAAGAAAUGGUCCUAUGCAAUGAAACCAAAUUCCGAUCGGGCUUUCCUUGUCACCACUUGGACUUCGGGGACUUAGUAGGAUCACCCGCUUCAACGAGUCUCAUGUUGGUACUAAAAGACGGCUGUGGUUGUGGAGUAUACUGACCUUGCCUCAAGUUCCUUCGAGUCAAAGCAUACGACACUGAAGAUGUCAUUAUUGCCAUACCCCGUCAGUGCACUCACACUCAUCGUUGGAUCCUAUGUCGUGCACGUCAUUUGGUCGCGCAGGCGUGUUCAAAGAGCUAUAGCCAACGUCCCAGCUCCGAAGUCAGCCUCCUUCUGGACCGGAAAUCUACCUUUAUUAUAUGACCCCCACCGUGGAUGGCCUUUCAUUGACAGCAUCCAAGACGCUGGCAGCAUUUUCAGACUCACAACUCCGAUCGGAUUCAAUGAUAUGAUUUACGUUGCCGAUCCAUUGGCAUUGUACUAUAUAUACAGAAAGGAUGAAGCUUCAUUCGAAGAGCCAGAUGACGUCCUCAUCAUUGAACGUGUCGUCUUCGGGAACGAUAGCAUCUUCUGCACGGAAGGUGCAAGACACCGGAAGCAACGAAAAUUCUUGAACCCCAUAUUCAGCACAGCGCACAUGAAGAAAAUGGUACCGAUAUUCUGCGAUGUAUCCCAUAAAUUACGGAAUACUCUUCAGCUGAUGACCGCGAAGGGUCCUGUGGAAGUCGAUAUGGUAAAUUGGCUCACGAGAACAGCAUUGGAAUUAAUAGGACAGGCUGGUAUUGGGUAUACGUUUGACUCACUGGCAAUGGAGGAGACACCGAAUGUUUAUGGCGCCGUACUCAAGGAAGGGGUCUCGGCCAUCUCGUCGCCAACUUUGCGGAUGGGCAUGAAGUACGUCUUACCCUUCGUCGCAGGCAUGGGUACCCCUGGGUUUUGGAAGGUCAUCAUCGACCAUAUCUCACUCGACGUGCUUCAGUCGGCGAGGCACUUCGUGCUUGAGAUGGAUCGGUCCUCUAAGGAGAUUUACGAGACGAAGAAGAAGGCGUUGACUGAGGGCGAUGAGACCUUGUCGAAGCAAAUCGUGGGAGGGAAUGAUUUGAUCAGUCUGCUUAUGCGUGCGAAUAUGAGCGCUAAGGAAGAAGAACAGUUGACGGACGAAGAGGUUGUGGCCCAAAUCUCUUCAUUCGUCUUUGCCGCGACCGAUACGACAUCUUCCGCGCUCUCUCGAGCUCUGUGCCUUCUCGCCGAACAUCCUACCAUCCAAGAUCGUCUACGAGAAGAGAUCCUAAACGCAAAGCGGAAUUGUGAAGCCGGAGAGGAAGGCGAUUUGAACUAUGAUGAGAUGGAGGCCUUAGAGUUUUUGGAUGCGAUUUGUCGAGAAACAAUGCGAUUGUAUCCCCCAGCCCCGUUCAUAGACCGAACCACGCUCAAAGACACCAUCAUCCCGCUCGCCUUCCCCAUUACUGACGUUCGUGGUUCGGAGCUCAAAGAAGUUUUCAUCCCGAAAGAUACAGUGAUCACAAUCGCCAUCGCUAGUAUGAACAGAAGCGUGAAGGUCUGGGGACCGGAUGUGAUGGAGUGGAAGCCGCAGAGAUGGUUGGACGGGUUGCCCGAGAGUGUGGUUUCUGCACAGAUACCCGGGAUUUAUUCACACUUGAUGACGUUCUCUGGCGGUAAACGCUCGUGUCUGGGCUUCAAGUUCUCUCAGCUCGAAAUGAAGGCCGUACUUUGCGACCUCAUCAGCACGUUUCGUUUCUCCCCUUCACCCAAGCACUCCAAGGUCACCUUCCCUAUGUCGACUAUCGUUUGUCCAUCGAUAGAUGGAAAACCCUCGUUGCCGCUCAUUCUAGAGGCC